CAUCACUUCACAGCCAGGACAAGAACACUUACAAGAGGUGGCCUACCAAACUCAGCACAUCCUUUUCAAAGCCUGAAAAUAUGGACACUUCGUGGUCAAACUUUGUAUCUGGGCCCACUGCGUCGAUCUAAUUACGGCCAGAUGGAAAUGCCAACCAUCGCAGCCAUCGCAGACGGAAAAAUUGCUUGUUCUUUAGCAGAUCACGACACAGCAUGGGAAUCAGGGGAUUGACAGAGGCCAUCCGGCCUUACGGCACUCCAGAUGUACUUGAUCACUCCUCUGUGGUCAUUGAUGGCCCAGCCCUUGUGUACAAGAUCUUGAGUGGUUGCCUUGUCCUCAGCCCACGAGAUCAGACCUCAUUUUGUCAGCCCUCGUACGCGCUGUUGGGACAACUCACCAUUGGUUGGCUUGACAAGCUCAAGGCCCACGAUGUGACAGUGAGGAAGAUAUAUUUCGACGGAUAUCUGCCAUCAAGCAAGUGGGAUGUACGAAUACAGAGGCUGAUAAGCCAGUCCGAGAAGCUCAAGAAAUUUGCUUCGCAGCAGAGUCUAGGAGUCCUGGUUCCAUCAGAAGAUACCUUUGGGGAUGUCGUCCCUGACAUUGCCCUCACGGGAGCCAAGGGGCACUACUCGAAUCAGCAGCUGCCACAUCCCGCCUUUCUCGUCCCAAGUGUCAUCCACAUGUUAAGACAACAUGCCCACUGGGGAAACCUGGUGCAGCUUGUGCCUGGAGAGGCUGAUGACUUCUGCAUUGCGGACAUUACUCGAAACGGCGGAACGGUUCUCACAGGAGACUCAGAUCUUUUGGUGCAAGACCUUGGCACGGAUGGAUAUGUGUGCUUUUUCUCCGACCUUGCAGAAACUCGUCGUGACGGAGAAUCAAAGUUGCAGGCGCUAAGAUUCAACUAUCAGGAGCUCAACCAAAAGCUGUGCAUAGAAGACAUAGGUGGACUUACACGAAUCGCUUUCGAGAUGGACCUUCGGAAGGCUCCACUUGACAUCGCCAUCAAGUUUGCGAAGAAGGACAUCGCCAACUCCGCGGAAUCUCCCAAGUUUGCCAUUUUCAAGGAAGAGCACACGGUGCGGACGCUUGUGCCACCAGACCAUCCUGUCCUUGGGGCCAUCAACACUCUAGAUCCACGCAUGUCUGAGCUUGUCAUCCAAUGCCAACUUGCGCAAGCACCUCGGAUAAUACCUACCUCUGGUACGACCCGUGGUUAUGACAGACUGUCGAUGUUCCUUCCCAUCAUGAUGGAGGACCCCUGCAAAAAAAGUUCCUGGUCGAUGAGUACAAAUAUCCGAGCACUGGCAUAUAGCCUCGUAGAAGGUUCUGCGCCGUGUCGUGGUCAGCCUGUCAUUGAAUACCGCCUCUUGAGUGCUGGCAGGAGGCAGGCUGGUCGUGAGGUCGAGGUCUUCGACCGACCGCAAACUGCGGAACGCUGUAAAGGGUUAUGCUCAGCACUUGACUCUCUGACCCAGAUGCCAAUUUUGAAAGAGGGGUUAUGGUUUUCGUUUGCAGUCUGGACGGAGCUCCAGUGGCAGGCCAGCGAAGGCGGGAGUCCGGUCAGUCCCUUGCUGCUUCAUCGAGCGUUGCGAUCAAAGAGCACGCCAGAGAGAUAUCCGUGGGAUCUCAUUCACUUCACAGCCCAGGUCAACGCGACACUGUAUUCUUUGCGAAUGUUACAGCAAGCCUUGAGCGUCUCCAGAUCACUGUCUCCGAAUCAAGAGGCGCAGGGCGUUCAAAACCUGAGGAAAUGGCUCACGGGAUUUCCCAGCAUAGAGCAAUGGCCUACACUUGGCACGAUCCAGACACUACUGAGACAUCUCGACUCGUCUGGAUUAUCGAGCAUUGCGACGAAAUUGGGGGUGACACUCGAAGAUCCAACGAAGUCGUCGGUGAAUAAAAGCAAGAAGAGAAAGAAAUCAUCGUCCAGUGUAGGUCGCACGGGCCGAAGGCUACCAAGCUCUGGCUCGAGCAAUCCAUUUGCGUUAUUAGAUCAGGGUGAGGAUUAGCGAGAAGAACGAUUGGCCUCGGAUAAUGUACCAAAUAGGCACGGAUUCUGGGCUGCUGUUGGAGGAUAAAGAGAAGCAGGCGAACCUUGCCCAAAACGUGCGCCUGCACUAAUGCACGUCAUGGAAAUCUAGAUCCAUCGCGAUUCAGUGCCACACACCAAGGAUGAAUAUCACGAGUUCCAUACCAAUGAGGUUGCAACAGGUGCACGGGAACGCAUAGAGGCGGGCUAGGUGGCCGUGGGGGGACGGAUCUGGGGUUGACUAUCUGACUCGCAUGGCCGGCUGCAAGUCUACGCCGGGGUGCAAGCUGGGCGACGGUUGGAAGCCCAGGCUUUGGAGAUAGCGGCCCGGUGGCUGUCUUGGCCUUCUGGGCAGGCCAGAGUCGUGAUGCAACGAGGACUUGGCACCGCCGAUGGGAAGUCGGGAAAAUGAAGCUGGCACAUCUCACGCCCAGAGCAGCAGACUGCGGCUUGCCCCUCCAGGCAAACAAGGCU